ACCGUCACCGUUAAUAUUAUCCGGGCUGGAUUGGCCUUUCAUUUCUCACACAUACAACACACAAAUCUCCCCCAAAUUCAAUUACGUCUCUCCCCACUCUCUCUCUCUCUCUCUCACACACACACACACACACACAUCUAUGUCUGUUCAAUCUGUAAUCGAUUUUAAGUGAUCACACAACUAAUUACUUCUCUAACGUAGAUGAAGAGGAUGGUGAAGACGAUCAAUUGUAGUCAAAGUCCCACCGUAUUUAUUGUUGUUAAUGCUUACCCUAAAAGGUACUCUUCCAAGAUCCCCUCUGAUCUAGUCCUCUUCUUGGGCCUAGGGUUCAUAGAUUGGUAGCUUUCUGCAUCUCUUUCCAUCAUAAAGAUACUAUUUUUAUUCGGUAUAUGGAGUUAUUUAUUUGCUGAUUCAAUAAAUUUGGGGGUUUUAACCAUCUAGGGUUAUGAAAGUUUCAAUCUUUGAUCUGGGUUUUUGACUUUUUUUGGGUUGCUUUUGUUUAGUGUUGGUGGGUUGAUUGAUUGUUUAGGGUUUGGUAUGUAGAAGGUGAUUGAUAUAGAUAAUAAUAGAUGUGAUUGAUGGAUAUUGGAUAAUUAAGCUUGUUUGGGAUGAAGAACUCGAGCCUGAGGUGUCGGUUAGUAGUGGCACUUAGGAGUGUGAUUUCGUGAGAUGGGAGAUUCGAUUCUCGCGACUUUUUUAAUGUUAAAUCAGCAUCCGUCAACGCUUUUGUCAAUGGAUUCGAGCGCGUCGUCUUCUCAUGAUGAUUUGGACCUUGAGAUGAGUCACCAGGUUAAUCCUGUUCGCCCUCCGGAUAUUAAUUUGCCGCUUUCGUCGGAGAGAAGCUCCCCGCCGCAGUCGUGGAAUCAGGAUCAGUGCGAGAAUUUUGAUGUCGGGGUUGGGUUGGUGUCUCAGUUGUAUGAAACCGAAAGCUUUCUUAGUGUCCCGAAAGUCGGUAGGAAAUGUGCGAAGAGGGUGGAUAGUAUAUGGGGUGCUUGGUUUUUCUUUAGUUUUUAUUUUAAACCGGUUUUGAACGAGAAAUCGAAAGCCAAGAUAGUGGUAGACAGUAACGGGGUUUCUGGGUUUGAUAAAUCGGAUCUUAAUCUUGAUGUUUUCAUGGUUCAGCAUGAUAUGGAAAACAUGUACAUGUGGGUGUUUAAAGAAAGACCCGAAAAUGCACUCGGUAAGAUGCAGCUAAGGAGUUACAUGAAUGGGCAUUCCCGACAAGGUGAACGCCCCUUUCCGUUUAGUGUCGAUAAGGGUUUCGUUCGAUCUCAUAGGAUGCAAAGAAAGCAUUACCGUGGGCUGUCGAAUCCCCAAUGUGUUCACGGUAUUGAGGUUGUCACGUUGCCGAACCUCGCAAUGCUCGAAGAGGAUGAACUCAAACGAUGGACCGAACUCACUGGUCGAAGUCCAAACUUUCUAAUCCCACGAGCUGCUAGCGAUUUCAGUUCGUGGAGAAAUCUUCCCAACACUGAGUUCGAGCUCGAGAGACCACUUACGAUAAAGAACAACGUGAAUUCUCAAUCUAAAAAGUUACUUAACGGAUCGGGGUUAAAUCUUUCAACUCCGCCUUCCAAUCACAGCCACACUAACGGUGAUGCAAACGCGAUGAAUCUUUCACCGGUUGGGAGCAAGAAGAGGAAGGACUUAUUCCCGCACGGGAACGAAGAAGAUAUCUGUUUAACGGUUAAUCAUCCUCCGUCAGAAAGGUUACCGAAUUUGGAAAUGAAUCCAAGCGAUCCGUAUUGGUUAAACGAGUUCAGUGGGGUUGUGAGGAGCGCUUGCGGACCCGUGACAGCUGCAAAAACAAUUUACGAAGACGAACAAGGUUACUUAGUCGUUAUAAGCUUGCCGUUUGUCGAUCUUCAAAAGGUUAAAGUAUCUUGGCGAAACACCCUCACACACGGAAUCAUCAAGGUGUCUUGUCUAAGUGUAUCACGCAUGCCAUUCAUCAAAAGACGGGACCGAACGUUCAAGCUCACCGACCCGUGUUUGGAACACUGCCCGCCCGGAGAAUUCGUCAGAGAAAUCCCGCUUUCAACUCGCAUUCCUGAAGACGCCAACAUAGAAGCUUAUUACGAUGGGCCGGGAACCAUGCUCGAGAUUUUGGUACCCAAGCUCAGAGAGGGGCUGGAAGAGCACGAGGUGCGUGUUUGUCUUCGUCCUCAUCUCGUUGGUAAUAAUCUUAUGUUGACUUGAAGAUAAGGUAAUGAUAAUCUACGGUAGAUCUGUGGUUUCUAGUUUAGUAAUCUUAGUGUGUAUUGUAUGAAAAGAAGCUAGAAUAGUACCAUGGUGUAGCCACAAGGAUUAUCGUAUUAUAUAUUUUUAUAAUAAAUAAAUAAAUGUGUGAUUAACCUAUGUAUGAAAUUAUAUAAAGUUUUAGCA